AUGUCUGAUAUUACGGUAAGUGCUGCAUUGAAGUCAAGAGUAAUCUUAUAGAUUGAUCCAUUUAAGCUGAGAACUUAUGGAAUAAAGAAGCCGAUAGAUAUGAAGGAGGAAAAAAUUCAGAAACUAAUGGAGGAAAAUAAGAGAUAUUAUCCAAUUCAUCAUAAAAAUGGGAUUAUUGAUGAAUGGAGUGCAGUAAUCAAGCAUUAAGAAGAAUAGUUUCAUCUGGAAUAGCAAUAGAAAGUUUAACAAGAUGUUUAAUAAAAGCGUAAAUACUAUGAUGAAUUAGCAAAAGAUUUGGACUAAAAAAGAUAGCAAAAGGUGAUGCAGGAUUAAUUAGUAUAAUAGGAAUUAAACCUUACGAAUGAGCAAAAGAGAGCGUUAGAUGAGAAGAACAAAGAAUUAAAUGAUUAUAAAUUUAACAUUAAAAGAAGAGUUGGAGACAUGAAUAAAAGAUAAGCGUUUGAUAUUAAACAAAAAUCUAGCUUAGAGAGGUAAUUUGAUCUAGAUAUUGAGACCUAGAUCCUUGAAAAAGCAAAGAAAGAUUAGCAAGAUUACUAGAAUUAACUAAAUUAAAAGAGAUAGAUGCAGCAGAAUGAAAUUCGUGAGGACUAUGAGCAAAAAAGCAAGUACAAGGAAUUCGAGAAGUUGAAAAAUCAAAUGGAAAAGCAGGAGAUACCUCAACUUUUGCAGCAAAGUAAUGACUGGCAAAUUCAAAAUCAAAGAUAAUAUAAGCAAGUAAGAAUUAAGGGUUUUAAUUUUUUCCUUGGAUAGAAAUUUGAUAGAUUCAAUGACUAAGAGAGAUAUAAGAAAAAUUUAUAUAUGAGUGCCAUUUAGUAACUUGAGCCAACUCCUCGUAGAGUCCGCGAAUUAACAAACUCAAAUCACCAUGAUAAUACAAGUUUUCUAAACUAGAUAAACGAUAAAAAGGAGUAAGAAUCUGGGUAGAGGUCUCAUUCCUAUGUUGUGACUUAAAAUCAACUUAAGCAGUAGAUGUAAUUAAAGGAUCAAAUAAAGGCUCUUGAUAAGGAGAAGCUAUAUAUGGAUUAGGUAAACCGAUAAAACCAAAACUAGAUGCUAAGUUAGUAAGAAAUAAGUCUUAAAAAUGAAAGAAAGCAGCAAUAAGAGUCUUAUCGGAAAAUACUUGAUAAUUAAAGAAAUAUCAAUAUGAUUAUGAUGAGGAAUUUCGGUAAUAUGACUAACUAAGAGAAAAAGCUAAAUAAAGCCGAUUUAUCAGCAUAUAAAGAAUUCGAUAAUAAACAAUAUGCUUUAAUACCAGGAGUUUAGCAUAACUACAGUCCAAACCAGAAAUCAGCUACUAAAUCUAGAAAUCUUAAUCCAGAAGUUAAUUAGUCCUCUAAUUUAUAAGACUAGGAUUAGUAAAAUUAGAUUUCAAGUCAUAAAGUUUUUGACACCAAUAAUAAUAAAUCAUAUGAAUUUAUUCCAACUUCUAAGGCAUCAGUACCUGGUGGCACCAGAGCAUUAGGAAAACUUAGAUACUUGGAUAAUAAUCCACUAGGAAGGACAUAUGAUACAAAUGGAAUUCAAAAUUUAAGAGAAGGAAGCUUUAGCAGUUUAAGACAGCAAAAAAAUAAAGAUUUUCUGGACUAAUCCAUGAAUUUGAUUAGUUCUCAAAGAGAUCUUUCAUUCAAUAGGAAUAAUUUCUAGAACACUCAAAGUUUAGAGAACUUUAAUAAUAACGCCAUAAAAAUAAUGGGUUCUAACGAUUAGGGCUUUCAGCGCAGAAAUAAUAAUAAUAUCUCGCAAUUAUGA